UACACCAGAAUGUGUCUGAUCGACGUGCAGGAGGCAUGAGCGAUAAAAGGUCGCUCUCCUAUGACUCCUCAUCGAAAACGAAAAGGGGGUCUUCUAACCACUCUCGGGGUAAAGAAUCGUCCAAUGCUACGUCGGAUGAUGUGGAGCGCCUGAGCAAGGAGGGUGAACUUAUAGAGAGAAAGAUUCGGGAGCAGAGCGAGAAACAAUUCCGUCAAGAGCUGGAUAGAAGACGACGUCAGAUGGAGGAAUCAGCAAGGAAACUAGAGGAGCUCAAAACUAGAAGACAAUCGGACUGGAGUUCGAGUGGGUCAACGACCAGCGACCCCAUCAUAUCAGCAAGUCAUAGUCUCGAGACGCUCAAGGCAGCAUACGAGGCGGACUCCUCGGCGAAUGAAUCUGUGCGCUACGAGGGACAAGAACCAGUCACCUACCCUCGUGCCAAGCUCAAGCGUGGAUCACCGUUUCAUUAUUCGUCGCCUCAACUGACUGAUCGUGAACGAGGAAUCCGUCGAGAUCAGCAGGGUCUUAUUCUACCGAUCACCGACGGCCAUAGAGAACGAGAUGGUGGAGUCAGCGACAGCUUGAGCGAUUCAGGAAUCCCGUCACGACAAGGGAGUAUCAACAGAGGAGAGAGACCGCAGAGACCGAGGAUGAUGUCUAGAGAGAGUAGUCUUGAUAGUACCAACAGCGAGAUGCGGCUCUUCUCGGAUCAAGAUGAAAAUGUCUUAUAUGACGACACAGUCACUCCGGAGAAAGCAAUUGAGUUUCGUCGUCCAGAGCCUCCUUUACCACGCGUCCAUGACAACCACCGGGCUCGUUCUCAAGAUCGUGAUACCCAUCGUACCCAUCCUCAUGAUCGUGACUCCAAUCGUGCCCGUUCCAAUGACAGGGAUACACGUAGGGGUACGACUGAUGAAGAAUGGGAUUCAUCUGAAGGUGGACAAUCAGCCAUACCACCACAGACCAGUCGUUCGUCUCGUCAAAGUCGUCCCUUGGACGUGCCUCUCGAUCAGAGGGUGAAACGACAUCCUGAAGAUUAUUACUACAGUGAUCAAGAAAUCCGGGUGAAGGCUACUGAGUGGUCAAGGCGAGCUGAAGACAGUGAUGAUAACGAAGUCGAGCGUCGACUACGUGCCCAGUAUCACGACGAACAGUUCCAAUAUCCUCAUGGACCACAACCACCACGCGGAGGUGAGCCUUCUCCGCAAGCUAGUGUUGGUCGGAAGUACCGCCUUGAGAGAGACCCUCGUGACCGGACUAACCGCGGUAAUGGACUUGGUAUGAGAGUGGUAGGCGGUAAACGGAUGCCGGGUAGUGAUCAGCUGGUUGCCUAUGUAGCGGAAAUUCAUCGUGGUGGAGUAGCAGAGAAAACAGAGGGUCUACGAGAAGGGGAUCAGGUGUUGGAUUGGUGUGGCAUCUCACUGACAGGGCGUACCUAUGAAGAGGUUCAACGCAUCGUGAAAUCGUCGGAGAAGCAAACUGAAGUGCUAUUAAAAUGCGGUCCAAAUUUGCUUGAUUCACCGAGACCACGCGCUCGACUGCCUAACGGAGAACCACCACCACCACCGCCACCUCCACCUCCCCCUAUACCACCAGGUGGAUAUAGGAGGGGUGAAUAUGGAGGAGGAGUAGAUCCUAGGAUGCUGACUGAGAGACUAGAAGGCAUCACUUAUCCAUCUUACGGUCCUAGCUCGGUCUCGCCUUCAGAUAGCAGCUACUCAUCACAUAGAAGAGGGAGAGGAAGGAAAGUCACUGGAGAGAUCCAACUUCAAGUUGCCUACGACAACCAUCGCACAGAGCUAUUGGUUGGUAUUUUAAGAGGGCGUGGCUUGACAGCUCGAGAUUCGACCAAUCUAGCAGACCCUUACGUCAGUGUGUGCCUACUACCCUCAAGGGGUCCAGAAGACAGACAAAGAUCUCGUUACGUGCCUAGAACACUCACGCCAGAAUGGAAUCAAUCUAUCAUAUUCCGUAACCUAAGACACAGUCAGAUUAGAUCCAGAACCAUCGAGGUCAAUGUAUGGGACUACGACAGAAGUUCCACUAGUGAAUUUAUGGGACAGGUAAUCUUGGAUCUCUCUGACGAGCGUCUACUGACAAACCGUCCUCGUUGGUACCGAUUGCUGGAUGUACCAAUGCAAGGUGGCCAGGUACCAGGGAACUCUACUGUGAUGACACCGCCAUCAUCUUCACCAGGGAGUAGACAAGGGGGUAGAAGAGCUCAUCAUGAUCAAAGGUCUUCUGAUAGCAGAGGGGAACCACGAUCAAGAAGGUCGAGUGCUGAUCGUAAUACCUUUGAUCCAAGAGGCGGCGGCGGCGGUGGAAACCACAUGGGCGGACGGACCGGUAGUCGAGGAGACGUUAGCAAUGGUGAUCGGGGACGAGAUGUGAGAGGCGGUAGUGGCAACGGGUAUGAUAGACCCCCUCGUUACUCAGGCCACCACCACCAUCACCCCGAGUCAGAUUCACCUAGCUCAAGAUCGUCCGGCUAUGAGUACGAUACCGAUCGGUCAUCGCAGAGUGACCGUUCGAUUUCGUCAACGCAAGAGCACCAUCGAACUAAAAAACUUGACACCAAUCAACCUCAAACUAGAUCCCACGUUCAUUUCAGUCGUACACAUGAGAACGACAGAUAUAAACGAGAUAUGAACUCCUUACCAGAAACAAUCCCAGAAGCCCCUAGUGUAGAGACCCUGCCCCCAACCACUACAGUGAGUACCUCAGUCAAGAUAACCGUCACAGCUAAACCAAUGUGUAGUCUAGCAGGACAGAGAACCAGUAGCAUGCAGUCGGUUGUCAAUGGAAACGGAAGGGUUGUCACAUCCCUAUCAGAUAGUAACGGUAUUGCAACGAAGACCUCCUUUGAGCAGCGUCCUGUAAUACGAGUAGAUGAAUGUACCGAGGGGAAGGGUGAGAGAGAGCCAGAGCGACAGCAAGCUAGCAGUAGGGUUCCUCCUCUUUCCAUCUUUAACUAUACAAGCACAGAUCCAGCAUUAAGAGCACAAGGGAGCCAGCUGUCUAAAUCAGGACCGAUACCAAGCCAAGAGCAGACAGGGACGAACCAUCGUGAAGCUAUCAUCCACGGUGAUCCAGGGCAAACCAAUAGUCUAAAGCUUACUCCGAUCAAGAAUGGUACGUCAUCAACACACUAUCGAUCUACUGGUAAUCUAGAGAUGACGCGAUCACUUCCAUCUAGUAGCAAAAGAGCAGAAUCAGUAGCUGAAAUAGGCAACACAGAUAGCCCAGAUAUUGCCGAGAAGAAUCUACAAAAUCACAAGAAGACGUCAGAAGUAGACAGAUAUUCACCAUGGAUAGAGAAGCAGAAGACGCCACCUCCACACCAGGCACUGAUAGAGAGUGUCUCAGAACUACCCAUGAAGAGCCAAAUGAAAGCAACGCUGGUGACGAGGUUGGCACGAGGUGAUCUCGGGCCUGGUCAAGUGGUCGAUCCAGAAAUGCCUAGACAAGUCGAUCUCAUUCUCUUAAGAGGAGAAUACGAGAUAUCGGGCGAGAUGAAGAUAGGAUUCCGUCGUGAGCUGAAGACAGAAGGACAGAACCUCUACGUCCAGAUCUUUCAAUGCAGAAAGAUAAGACAUAAAGGCAAACCCAUGGAUCAUCCUGAUCUGUACGUGAAGGCAUACGUGGUGAUGGGAGAGAGGAAGAUUACGAAGAAGAAGACUCGAGUUUGUCGGCAGGAAAAAGAUCCUACCUUCAACGAGGUCUUCGUCUACCAUACUGAUGUGAAGGGAAUCGCUAUUGAGGUAUCUUUGUGGGCUGCUGGAGGUCGCUUCGGUCGGAAUACCUUGAUCGGGGAGGCAUUGAUCUGGUUGGAUGAUCUAAAACUGGAUCAGAGUGAGGUAGUUGGCUGGUACAAGCUUCUCUUAUCAACCUCGGCACCCAGCUAGCAACUACAGAACGCAGGCGGUAUGUUAGCCGUCUGCUGCCCGAGCCUUUUCACCCAGUGCUUGUUUCUUUUGCUCUAUUGGUGAUUUCGUUUGCGGCAGCCGAUUGCAAUAUACUGCAUUUCAUUUGUGUUCAUAAUUUUGGGCAUUUUGCAUGUUUAUUUGAUUCGUAACAUUUUCAACUUUACAGUUUUGAAAUUUGGUAUUAAAUUUAUAUUUAUCUUCAUAAAAAGGUAAUGUUCGUUCAAAGAUUGAUAGCAACCAAUAAAUUAUAUCACAUCAAAUUGUGCUAAACAUGAUAAUGAUAGUACAUGACUUUUGGCAUGUUCUAAAAUCCAAGUGUGCUCUGGUUAACUGUAAUAUUUGUCCAGUAGCCAAGCCGUGUUAUGUUAGGCACCUACUUUUUCGAAAUUACUGAGGAUAGGUGGUAUAAUAAGGUGUCCGGUCGCGAGCUCAAAUUAGGCCAUAUAAUUCAUCUCAUUCUUGUCAGUUUGUUACAUUUCGACCUUCAUCAAAGUCAUAACCAUAAAGCACCUUUUACUAAUGUUAUCAUCAUCAUUAUUGUUGUGUUAGUUCUACCUUACUUUGGAACUGCUUCUUUCAAGAAGGAAUUAAUCAGCCCGUUUUGCAAGAUUAAAAAUCAGAACACUGUUUUACAACUUGUCACCUGCCUUUGCUAACAAAACGAUUAACCUUGUUCCUUUAUCAAAGUGAUUUCCCCAAAACAAUCCUAGUUAUAUAUGAAUAAAAAUGCAUGAAAUUUUGAUAUCUCAAUGCACAGUGACACAAGGAGGCGUGACCUAUUGACUUUAUAGAAAAUAUAUGUUUUUCCAUCUUUGUAUUUCGCUGUACGUCAGUUAGCAUGAUUAAACAUUUCUGACAGUCAAAACGUAAGUUGAAUGAAAAUGCAUAUAUUCAUUGU